CACUCGGUCUAUCUAGUCCAACUGCUCCGCCGCAGAUCCGCGGUUGCCAGCAGCACCGUCUCCGAAUCGCCUCGCUAGGGUUUCCCCUCCAGCGGCGGCCGGCUCGACCAUACUCCGUCCGUGAGCAAUGGCUGCGAAAGCUGGGAAUUCUGUGGGUGGUGUUCUUCCCCAUCCCCAUGUGAUUGGAAAUGCAUUUGCCCAACACUACUACAAAAUUCUGAAUGAGUCACCAGAGGAUGUCCAUAAGUUCUAUCAUGAUGAAAGUAUUCUUGGUCGGAAGCCAAAUUCUGAUGGUACAUUGACAUCUAUAACCACAAUGCGUGAUAUCAAUAAACACUUUGUAUCUACAUACCUCAAGGGAUGUUCGAUGCAGAUAGACAAUGUAGAUUCUCAGCCAUCCCACGAGGGCGGUGUGCUCGUUUUAGUUAGUGGGUCCUUCACUGUCCCUGAUGCCAUGAAGCGUAGAUUUACUCAGUCGUUCUUCCUUGCUCCACAAAAAGGAGGCUAUUUUGUUCUGAAUGAUGUGCUUAGAUACAUUCCGGUUGAGCCAGAAACACCACCUGUCAAGGUUCAAGUGCUUCCGUUGAUAGAUUAUUUCUGGGUAUGAUGAUAUCGCCGGUGAAGUCAUGAAUCAAUCUACAGAAAGCAUCAGCAAUGAAGUCGUGAAUGACAGAUAGUCACGUCUCGGCAGUGCACUACUAGCUUUCCUAGAGUGCAAGUUUAUCCAUCUAUAGAUUAUAUUUGCUUUUGCAACAACUGGGUGUGAAAAGUUGACCAUUUGCGGAUGUCUUAGCACUGUACAUACAUCAUCUAUUAUCGGACAAGUAGACAACUGAAUAUAUCUAUUAUAUUCAUCUCAAAAGACUAUAUGUGCAUGUUAAGGAACAUGGACAAAUUUUUAUUCUGGGAAA